ACUGAACCGUACCCCCUAAGCUGAUCACCCCAUAGCCCAUAAUUCAAUUCCUUCCUUCAAUGGCGGUCCAGCUUUAUGAUCACGAUGAUAAUCAACCUGCUGUAUAGUAAUUGAGCUAUAGCAAAUAAUGGAGGAUUCCUCUUCGCCAGCUUCAUCUGCUUUGCCCCCAAACCCUUCUUUCCGUCUCAUAUUGGAAGAGACGCUGCCGCUGCCGACUACAGAACCAACAAGCAAUAGCAAUAGGUUCGGCCUCGUCAAGAGCAUAUCCACCAAGGAGUCACGGCUUCCCUCGUUCUCUGACUUCCCGGCCACCCCAGCCCUUUCUCCGUCCCGCCUCAGCCUCCACACCUCCUCCUCCCAGUAUUACUCCCCGCCCCACCCCUUUGUGGCCGCUACCAAAAUCUCUGCUGAAUUUGAUGCAGCGGCUAACUUUCGCUGUGUCUUCUCCGUCCUCAAGAAGGAUGGUCAGGUUUUAUCUAUGUCAAUUUCGAACAACCUCGUCUACACUGGCACCGAGAGCAAUGUCAUUAGGGUCUGGAAGCUCCCAGAGUUCAUCGAGUGCGAUCAGCUAAGGGCCAAGGCGCACAGGGCGGUUGCAAUGGCAGUGUCGGGUUUCAAUGAUCAGGUUUGUGCGGCAUAUUCUGAUGGCAAGGUCCGGGUUUGGCGUAGGAUGUGGACCGGUGGCUCGGUAAAGCAUGCGAAGAUAGCGACAGUGCCCAGCACCGGCAGUUUCGUCAUGAGCUACAUAACCGGAAAAGACAAUAUGAUGAAGCACCUGGGCCCCAUCACAUCCCUCGCCAUCAACCCCACCGGAGACAUCCUCUACUCCGCCUCCCUCGACACCACCGUCAAGGUCUGGCGCCUCUCCGACUUCCGCUGCAUCGAGACCUUCCAGGCCCACCCCCAGUCGGUCAACGCCAUCGCAACUGGCCCCGAUGGUGUCCUUUACACGGCUUCUGAUGAUGCCACCAUUCGUGUAUGGCGGGGCCACCUCUCGUCGUCGUCCUCCUCCUCCUCCUACUCGUCCUCCCUUGCCACAGCCCACUCCCUCAUCCUCACCCUCCGGGCAAAGAACUCCCCCAUUAAAACCCUGUCUCUGGCCGCAGGUGGCGAGGUGCUCUAUGGCGGCUGCACGGACGGCUACAUCCACUUCUGGCUCAGGGCAAUCAGCUCCUUCUCCACGUGCCAGCUGCAGUACUGUGGGGCACUCCAGGGCCACUCGCACGCUGUGCUAUGUGUGACGAGCCUCGGCCGUUAUCUAGUCAGUGGCUCGGCCGAUGCGACAGUGAGGGUCUGGGCCAGGGAAACAGGAGGUCAGCACGAGUGUGUGGCGGUUCUGCUGGGGCACAGGGGCCCGGUAAGGUGCGUAGUCGCCUACCGGGACCGCAUGUUAGUGAAGGAGGAGGAUUCGUUGGUCGGUGGUGGUUGCACGAUAUGUACUGGGAGUCUGGAUGGGGUUCUAAAGGUUUGGCGUGUCACCGGCGUUUCCGACCGAAGUGUUCAGUCUUCUACAAGAAUUGCUUAAAAAAAAGAUUAAAUUAAUUGUAAAAUUAGCAAUUUUUAAGAUAGUUUUCAAACAUUGAUUGCUGUAAAAAUAUUCAAUAAGUACUUUAUAAUGCUUGAUCCGAUCGAUAGGGUGCAUUUGAACCUCGAAUAUUACAUUGUUUU